AUGCAACCACAAUACGAUGACGAUUAUCAAAAAAUUAACUCUUCCUACAGUUCCUAUAAAUCACAGAUAACACCACGUUCGACUAAUGUUCAACGUCGUUCGGCAGGACCAGGAGGGAUUAUGACACGAAUGUACCAGUCUUAUUCUUCAAGUGGUGGAUUUGGUGGUGGUAGCAUCGGUGCCGGAAUAGGCGGUUUAGCAAGUAUUGCUGGAUUAGGAAUUGCUGGCAUUCCAUUACGUCCAAAUCGUGGUGCAUCAGCUUUGGUUGCCGUAAAUGAAACACGUGAACGUGAAAAACGGGAAUUAUCUCAGUUGAAUGAUAAAUUUGCUCAAUACGUUGAAAAAGUACGAUUUUUAGAAGCACAAAAUCGUAAAUUACAAUUAGAAUUAGAAGCUUUACAAAAUAAAUCUGGUCAAGGUUCAUCAAAAAUAAAAGAAA